ACCUCAAUCGUGACUUGAUUCAGUCAGAGUGCAAAAAGUUUGCAAGUAAUUUCUGAUAAGCUCACAUACUUAUUUCAGGCUUGGUUUUAUUUUCAACUUAUCUAAAAAUGAGGCUCGCUUAUUUUUCAGUCCCAAUCUUUUUGGUACUUACUGUAAUUCUGGGUCGCGCAGAAUUAGGUAAUUCCGCCAAUACGGUUGAGUUAAUGGGUGUGGUAGCCAAUGUCUCAACAUGUGGGGGUGCCGGUAAUUCGAUUCAGUUACGAAUUUCUGGGUGCGAAGGAUACUGUCAACUUCUGCCUGGACAGGAGUACGAAUGCGAAGAGGAUUUCAUGCCAAGUGAAGCCGCAGAUUCGUUGUCUCUUCGUCUCGAAAUUUGUCACCGGGGCGCGUGCUUUAUCUAUUUAUCGGCAGAAAUUCCGAACUCAUCCGUUGUCCCGGGACUUGUCUACACCGCAAAAUAUUCUAUCACACCGACCGAAAUGUUUACGGGACAGACCGUCCGAUUUUACGCGUUUAUAUUUCAUACGGAUAAUUCAAUUAUGGAAACUUGUAUUUCCGCAUUUGUAGAUAUAUUGUAAAACAUGAAUAUCUUGGGAGAUGUCAUUUUAAGGCAAUGGAAAUAAAACGGUUCUCCCUGAACUUGACGGUAUUGCCAGCAA